GUGGUCAGAGGGAAGGCAAAAUGCAACACAAUGGGAGCAAAUGCAUUAAGGUUCUUUACCCCCUGUCUCUGUGGUGCUCUUCUUGUUUAGAAUUUUCAGGAUAUCUUUGGUAAUCUUCUUCAGCUGAUGCCUUGCUUCAUCACGCUCUUUGCCGACUCCAUAGAGAAGGAUUGUGCGCUGGUUACAUUCAUGACUUGAAGAUUCAUCCUGAAAAACAGAAAAUGCAUUCUGAAACUCUUGUCUGCAGGGGUGGGGUUGCAUUUCAUAUCCCUGAAAUGCACUGACCACAGCACCUCCAUACUGGCUUGCGGUGGCGGCAUCCUGCCCUCCCUUCAAUUCACCUCAACCUCCACUGGCAACACCCUUGUUUUUCCAGUUUGGAACUUGCUAACAUUAUUUAAAAAAAAAGUGUCAACUGACGUGAAGUCUUAAUAGAAGCACUUGAUGUGGGCGUACCCUACAGAGAAUAAGCCUCGAGCCUGGGAGGAAGAAUGGAUGUGCACAUGGAUGAUGAAACUGUUACAGGAAUGAAGAUAUUAAGAGAUAAAUUAACCACCCAAGAAAGCAAGCUUAAAAUCUUCUCCAGGAAGCAGACUUCGAAGGUUUGAUCUCAACUUGGAUUUAUCGUUUGCAGAGGAAAUAACCAUAACUUGAAGUUAUAAACCAUCAACUCUAUAGCAGGUUUCAGUAAAAAGCCGCAAGAUUUUAAAUUGCUUUUUAAAAGAUGACUUCUCAGCCAUCCUCAUCCCACAUUUCCUGGGAAAUAAAAGCAGAAGUCCUAAAAGAGGAGAGAGAGAAAUUCAGUGUCUGCAUAGCUUUGAGUCCAGUGUUUGAAGACAACCUCUGAUUGUGAAGCCCUCUCUUCCUCUCCUUCUAUUUCUCUAUAGAACACUCAAGACUUUACUGAUUAAAACUCAGGAAAUUCUCUGUCAUAAAGAGGUUUGGCAACUAAACUAAGACAUUAAAAGGAAAAUACCAGAUGCCAUUCUGCAGGAUGCAAUAACUACUAUUUACUGGAUACAUUCAAAUCCUCCAGAAUCAACAGUUAUCAGGUAACCAACAAGAAAUGCAAGCCAUCGACAACCUCACCUCUGCGCCUGGGAACACCAGUCUGUGCACCAGAGACUACAAAAUCACCCAGGUCCUCUUCCCACUGCUCUAUACUGUCCUGUUUUUUGUUGGACUCAUCACAAAUAGCCUGGCGAUGAGGAUUUUCUUUCAAAUUCGGAGUAAAUCAAACUUUAUUAUUUUUCUUAAGAAUACAGUCAUUUCCGAUCUCCUCAUGAUUCUGACUUUUCCAUUCAAAAUUCUUAGUGAUGCCAAACUGGGAACAGGACCACUGAGAACUUUUGUGUGUCAAGUUACCUCCGUCAUAUUUUAUUUCACAAUGUAUAUCAGUAUUUCAUUCCUGGGACUGAUAACUAUCGAUCGCUACCAGAAGACCACCAGGCCAUUUAAAACAUCCAACCCCAAAAAUCUCUUGGGGGCUAAGAUUCUCUCUGUUGUCAUCUGGGCAUUCAUGUUCUUAUUCUCUUUGCCUAACAUGAUUCUGACCAACAGGCAGCCAAGAGACAAGAAUGUGAAGAAAUGCUCUUUCCUUAAAUCAGAGUUUGGCCUAGUCUGGCAUGAAAUAGUAAAUUACAUCUGUCAAGUCAUUUUCUGGAUUAAUUUCUUAAUUGUCAUUGUAUGUUACACACUCAUUACAAAAGAACUGUACCGGUCAUAUGUAAGAACAAGGGGUGUAGGUAAAGUCCCCAGGAAAAAGGUGAACGUCAAAGUUUUCAUUAUCAUUGCUGUAUUCUUUAUUUGUUUUGUUCCCUUCCAUUUUGCCCGAAUUCCUUAUACCCUGAGCCAAACCCGGGAUGUCUUUGACUGCGCCGCUGAAAAUACUCUGUUCUAUGUGAAAGAGAGUACUCUGUGGUUAACUUCCUUAAAUGCAUGCCUGGAUCCGUUCAUCUAUUUUUUCCUUUGCAAGUCCUUCAGAAAUUCCUUGAUAAGUAUGCUGAAGUGCCCCAAUUCUGCAACAUCUCAGUCCCAGGACAACAGGAAAAAAGAACAGGAUGGUGGUGACCCAAAUGAAGAGACUCCAAUGUAAACAUAUUCACUGAGGAAAUAUUUCAAUCUCUUUGUGUUCAGAACUCAUUGAAGCAAAGCGCUAUGUAAAAAUAUUAACUGACGAAGAAGCAACUGAGUUAAUAACAAUGACUCUUAAAACAAGUAACAGAAGAUUACAAAAGCAAUUUUCAUUUACCUUUCCAGUAUGAAAAGCUAUGUUAAAAUAUAGAAAACUAAUCUAACCUGUAGCUGUAUAGUAUCAAAACAAAUGACAUCCAAUUGUCAUGCUGCAUGCAAAACUACAUAGAAUUCAUGUUUUGCAGAGUUUUGCCAAAAUGAGUAAUUAUAUAAUAUCUACUGUAAUUUUUAAAAUACAUUAUUGCUCACAAUUUUAUGUCUUCAUAAUCAACUAAGGAAGAAUGAUCAAUUGGAUAUAAUCUUCUCACCAAAAAUGACACUUAAAAUGUAUAUAUAUCCUAGCCCCUAACCAAAUCCUGACCUAUUGGGAUACUUAGAAGAAUUUAAGUAAGUGGGAUACACAAAGAAUUAUAACUAUUAACUUUUAAUUAUGAGCAAAAACCUAAGGGUUAAAUUUAAACUAAUUGAAACUGUACUUGAUUCGACUUAAUUUUUUUAUGUUUAUUAAGAAGACAGAGACUUAAAGAAGACCUUUACAAUAAAGAGAAGAAAUAUCAAAGUCAUUAAAAUAAGGAGAGUUACUUUUAUGAUAUUCUAACACUAAAAAAUAUAGAAAUAUUUCCUUAAUUCUAGAGAAACUAGUUUUACUAAUUUUUUACAACCUCAAUAAUACCAUCAUUGACACUUACCUUUAUUAACUAGCUUCUAGAAAAUACCUGCUAAUUAGGUUAAUGAACAUUUUACAUUAGUGAAAAAAAUUAAUUAAAUAUGAUUACAAAGUUGCACAGCAUAACUACUGAGAGGAAAGUGAUUGAUCCAUUUGUAAUUAUUUGUUUGUAUUGGUGUGUAUAAAAUACAAAAUUUACAUUAAACUCUAAAUCAUU